AUGGAUCAGAGAGUAUCGUCAUUUUGUUACACCGAUGACAAGUGCGUUAAUGGCAGCCAUGGCGAUUUGUUUCUGAUGCCGUUUGCUCUUAAGAUUCUGGAUAUUUCCAGGGUCAGAUGGAUCUAUCUAUCUAUCUAUCUAUCUAUCUAUCUAUCUAUCUAUCUAUCAGUGACUUCUUUCUUUGUUUCAUUCUUACUUUCUUUCUUUUGUUAUCUAUCUAUCUAUCUACCUAUCUAUCUAUCUAUCUAUCUAUCAUAUCUAUCUAUUUCUAUUUCUUUCUUUUUUUCCAUCUAUCUAUCUAUCUAUCUAUCUAUCUAUCUAUCUAUCUAUCAUACUGUUCUUUUUCUUUCACAUUGUUUUCAUCUAUCUUUCAUCUAUCUAUCUAUCUAUCUAUCUAUCUAUCUAUCUAUCUAUCACUUAUUUCUUUGUUUCUUUAUUUCUUUGUUUCAUCCUUUCUUUCUUUUGUUAUCUAUCUAUCUAUCUAUCUAUCUAUCUAUCUAUCUAUCUAUCAGUGACUUCUUUCUUUGUUUAAUUCUUUCUUUCUUUCUUUUGUUAUCUAUCUAUCUAUCUAUCUAUCUAUCUAUCACUGACUUCUUUGUUUCUUUGUUUGUUUCAUUCUUUCUUUCUUUUCAAACAUUUUUUUUUACCGCGACUCAUAGCAAAAAUCACAUUUUGCAUUGCAAACCAUUAUACCUCCUUCUUUGA